ACCAAGUAAGGAAAUUGUUUUGAAAUAAACAACUCACACCGUUCAGUUUUUAUAUAUAUUUGUAUUCAAUAAUUGCUCGAAAUAUCUUCCAUAGGUCUCAAUCACAUUAUUUUAUAACUAGCAUGGAAGGUGCACGGAAUGCUCUAUCUUAUCUAUACUUAUAUUCAAUAUCUUUGGUUGUGACGUAAAAAUCUUAGGUUAGAAUUCUAGCGUUUUGGAAUGUGCCCUUAACACAGUGUCAAAUAUCACAAAGGAUAAUUUCCAGCAACACUACUUUAACAAGAUUUAAGGUGGCCACAAUGUCGACUUUGGAAUAUUCAAAAACACUCUUUGCACAGGGAAGAUCUUCGUGGAAAAACGUCCACAACUGUAAACUGUGCCCCUAUUUUACAACAUCCAUUUUGUGUAUGGUCAACCACGUGAGGCGACAUCGCACAUCUCUGGAAAAAUUUACAUGCUCCGAAGCCAAAAUCGAAGCGUAUUAUUGUAAAGACUGCGAUUUUAAAACGGAUCUAACGAUUCUGUUCAAACAACACAUUAACAAACAUCACGGCCUUAAGACUGAAUCUAAAGAAGUUUUGUCAAUCGAGGACUUCAGCAUACAAAACUACGUUUGCGAAAAAUGCGCCUUCGAAACAAAUUCCUCGAUAAAUUUUCUUCAACACACUUCAGAAUGCACGGAAAGAAAAGAAAAUCUUCAAAAUCUGAGUUCUCCGAGCCAGAACGUCACGUACGAAGAAAAUGCUAAAUGGCACAAGUGCGAAAAAUGUGCUUUCAAAACUAAAUUGAAAAGAAGUUUGAAAACCCACAUGAAUAACGUACACUUGCGGGGAGAAGACGUUAAAUGGCACGAAUGCCAGAAGUGUCCAUUCAAAUCUAAGUAUAAGGAAUCUUUAAACAACCACUUCAAUGCGAAACAUGUAGAGGAAGAAAAAAUUAAGUGGCACGAAUGCGAAAAGUGCCCGUUCAAAUCUAAAUAUCGUUCGGCUUUAAGAAUUCACGUGAUUUGUCAACAUUUGAGUGAAGAAGAAGUUAAGUGGUACGAAUGUGCGAACUGUUCGUUUAGAACUAAAAUAAAUCAUCGUUUAAAACUGCAUAUAAGGGUUCGCCAUUCAGAUAUCAAAUCAUUUCAGUGCGAAUAUUGCCCAUGUAAGGCUAAGUUAAAACGUUAUUUAAAGGAGCAUCUAUACAACCACCAUUCCGAUUGUAAGCUGUACAAAUGUGAACAGGAUGCCGAAUGGCACAAGUGCGAAAAAUGUCCUUUCAAAACUAGAAUAAAAAGGAAUUUAAACAAGCACAUGAAUAACUUACACUCGCGGGCAGAAGACGUUAAAUGGUACGAAUGUAAUGAGUGUCCAUUCAAAUCGAAAUAUAAGAAAUCUUUAAAGAACCACUUGAGUUUGAAACAUACAGACGAAGAAAAAAUUAAAUGGCACGAAUGCGAAAAGUGCCCAUUCAAAACUAAACAUCGCUCGACUUUAAGAUCUCACGUAAUUAAUCAACAUUUGAGUGAAGAGGAAAUUAAGUGGUACGAAUGUGCGAGCUGUUCGUAUAAAAGUAAAAGAAAAGAGCGUUUGAAACAGCAUGUAAUUGUUCGCCAUUCAGAUAUCAGAUCAUUUCCGUGCGAAUAUUGUUCAUACAAGGCGAAACGCAAUGAGUGUUUAAAGAGUCAUAUAAAUAUCUGCCAUUUGGAUGCAGCGGAUGCCAAAUGGUACAAAUGCAAACAAUGUUCUUAUAGAGUUAAAGAUCGAUCAGCUUUGUGUAAGCACAAAAAAAUACAUGUGUAGGAUUUAAUUUUGUAUAACUUGGGUGUAGUAGCAUUAAGCUGUGUAUAUAUCUUUAAUAAAGUGAAAGCUUCUGGCAUAUAAUUCAA